AUGGAGCCGAGACUGCGCACCGGUCGUUCUACGCAACCGGAGUCUCACAGGGAGGGUCCUCAGCAGGACAAGCGCCAGCUUACUGAGGAGGAGAUCACGGAGUUCCGGGAGGCCUUCACCCUGUUCGACAAGGAGAGCAGCGGAGCCAUCAAGGCUUCGGACUUGGGCACCGUCAUGCGCUCCCUAGGUUACAGCCCCACCGAGGCGGAUAUUAAGGACAUUUUGGGUACCGACAGCCGUGAGUACAUCGACUUCCCAGAGUUCCUGACCAUCAUGGCCAAAAACGUCCGCGCCCUGGACACCGAGGAGGAGAUUCUGGAGGCCUUCAAAGUCUUCGACCGCAACGGCGACGGCUUCGUGAGCACGGCCGAGCUCCGUCACGUGAUGACCACGCUAGGCGAGAAGUUGACGCACGAAGAAGUGGACGAGAUGAUCCGCGAGGCCGACCGCGACGGCGACGGACAGAUCAACUACGACGAGUUCGUCGCCAUGAUGACCUCCAAGUGA